AUGUUCCGACACGAAAUCGGCAUAAUAUUUGUAGUAGACAUUGAUGAUAAAUCUACAUCUGAAAAUAUGUCUCAACACAUAGUAUCAUAUAUACAAAUAUUUGCGUUGAUACUGUGUUUGAUAUUGGUUUUGGAGGCUCAUGCUGUUUCAGAAAUAUGCAAGAUAUGCACUUGCAAAUCACCUGUAAAUGUAAAUUGUGAAAAUCACCAACUAUCAUCAGUCCCACAACCAAUUCCGAUGAAUGUUAAAUAUUUACAUUUCAGAAAUAAUAUGAUUGACAAAAUCGACCGCGGAGUUUUCCACAACCUUACCAGUUUACAGAUAGUAGAUUUGAGUCUUAAUAUGGUCGAGAAUAUUGAUCAUGGAAUCUUUCACAGCCUUACCAGUUUACGGAUGUUAGAUUUGAGUCGUAAUAUUGUCGUGAAUAUCGGUCGUGGAAUCUUCCACAACCUUACCAGAUUACAGAUAUUAUAUCUUCACCAAAAUAAAAUUUCGCAUAUUGAAAAAGGAAGCUUCAGUGGUCUUGUAAAUCUGAAAGAAUUAUAUCUUUACCUAAAUAAUAUUUCACAUAUUGAAAAAGGAGUCUUUCAUGGUCUUCCAAGUUUAAAGGGAUUAGAUUUGCGUAUCAAUAGGGUCGAGAAAAUCGAUCGCGGAACCUUCCAUAACCUUACCAGUUUACAGAUAUUAGAUUUGCGUAAAAAUAGGGUAAAAAAAAUUGAUCGUGUGAUGUUACACAAUCUUACCAGUUUACAGAUGCUAUACCUUCACCAAAAUAAAAUUUCGCAUAUUGAAAAAGGAAGCUUCCAGGGUCUUCCAAGUUUAAAAGAAUUAUAUCUCACUAAUAAUAAGAUCGACAAAAUCGAUCGCAGAAUCUUUCACAACCUUACCACUUUACAGAGAUUAAGUUUGGAUCAUAAUAAGAUCAAGAAAAUCGAACGAGGAAUCUUCCAAAAUCUUACCAGUUUGUGGAUGUUAAGUUUGAACCAUAAUAAAAUCAAGAAAAUCGACCGUGGAAUCUUCCAGGAUCUUACCAAUUUACAGAGAUUAUAUAUUCACAGAAAUGUCAUUUCGAUAAUUGGAGAAGCAAGCUUCCAAGGUCUUUCUAGGCUACAUAUAUUAUAUCUUUAUCAAAAUGAUAUUUUCCAUAUUGAAAGAGGAAGCUUCCUGGGACUUUCAAGUUUAAAGGAAUUAUAUCUUCAGCAAAAUAAUAUUUACCAUAUUGAAAGAGGAAUUUUCCAAGGUCUACCAAGUUUGGAGGAAUUAUAUCUUCAGCAAAAUAAUAUUUCGCAUAUAGAAAAUAGAAGCUUCCGAGAUCUUCCAAGUUUAAAAAAAUUAUAUCUUCAGCAAAAUAAUAUUUCGUAUAUUGAGAAAGGAAUCUUUGGAGGUCUACCAAGCUUAGAGAAAUUAUAUCUUCAGCAAAAUAAUAUUUCGCAUAUAGAAAAAAGAAGUUUCCGAGAUCUUCCAAGUUUAAAAGAUUUAUAUCUUCAACAAAACAAUAUUGCGCACAUUGAAAAAGGAAGCUUCGAGGGUCUUCGCAGUUUACAAAAACUGCAUUUCGAUCAUAAUAAGAUGGAGAAAAUCGAACUUGGUAUCUUCCAAAAUCUUACCAAUUUAAAGAGAUUACAUGUGGACCAUAAUAAGCUUGAGAAAAUCGAACAUGGUAUCUUCCAAGAUUUUACCAAUUUACAGAGACUAAAUUUGGACCAUAAUAAGAUCGAGAAAAUCGAACGUGGAGUCUUCGAAAACAUUGCCAAUUUGCAGAGAUUACAUUUGGAUCAUAAUAAGAUCGAGAAAAUCGAACGUGGAAUCUUCCAAACUUUUACCAAUUUACAGAGACUACGUCUGGACCAUAAUAAGAUCGAUAAAAUCGAACGUGGAAGCUUCCAAAAUCUUACUAAUUUGAAGAGAUUAUAUUUAAACGGAAAUUAUAUUUUGCGUAUUGAACAAAGAAUUUUCCAGAUGCUUCCUAAUUUACAGAUAUUAAAUUUGAGCAACAACCGAAUACAAAAAUAUGAAGAUGGCACUUUCUUAUUCCUCUCCAGCAUAGCUGAAAUUGACCUCCGAAACAAUAACGAUAUGAUGUGUGGAUGUCACCUGCCAGCCUUCGCAAAACAUAUCAAAAAAGAAUACAGACGUAUUUUGGUUGUCAAGGGCAAGUGUCAGGCAGGUUCAGGCAACGUAAAACAUAUACUGAAAUAUUCGCAAUGUCAAAAUUACUCGUUAUUCCAACGGAACCUACAUUGUCAAACAUGUUCAGGAACGAUGUGCAAGGAUUCAGAAGUGACAAGGUGUCCAGGACCAAAGCCUGUAUGCCGGUUCGCAUUAUCAACGAACGGUGUUACUUUGAAGACUGAAAAGUCCUGCAGCACAUACAGGAAAUGUGUUCAAGCUAUGGUAGACAAUAUCUUUACAUGCACUAAAUGGACCAGUGGCAUUUCUUGUGUUGGUUGUUGCGUCGGGAACUUAUGUAACGAGAAUGAGUUCAUUGGUUCAAGUUCUGGUUAUGAAAUAGAGGAUAGAAUAGCAGAAACCAACUUAUAAGUAAAAACUGAAAAAGUGCUUCCAAGAAUUGUCUUAGAUAGUAUUUUACGCCAUACAAUAAUAUUUUCUCCAUAUAUAAUAUUAAAUAUAUUUCCUUGUCAAGAAAAUAUAUUUGUACGUUUCAAUACAACACUAUGCAACCGAGACAUUGUAUAACCUGCAAUAAUGUAAUUUAGACACGUUUCAGGGCCUCAUUAUUGCUUGAAACAGAGGAAAAUAGAAAAUGCUGUUACCGUGCUGUUAUGUAAGCGAAAGCAAGGUAUUCUAAUCACUUGUCUUUGUCUGUUGUUUUCGCAAAAUUACUGGAAAGCGGCUGAACUGAUUUUUAUCACGUUUGGCAGAAAUAACCAUUGUGUGAGUGGCUCGAAAUGAUGAACAUCUGGUUUGAUUAUCUUUAAGAACAAAUCGAACUUACUAAUUUCCGGAUAAGCAAUCGGUCAUAUUAUUUAGUUCACUUCCUUUUCCAUAUGAAUCGACUCUCCUCUGCGUGUGUAUAGAUCAUGGUGUACGUAUGUGCCGAGAUAUUUGUGGGUAUAUACAUACAUAUAUGCAAACAUAGAUAUGCGAAUCUGAGUGUGUAUGUGUGUGUGUGUGUGCGUGUGCCGUGUGUGUGUACAAUGAUGGAUUCGAGUUUUACGUUUAUUUACGACUUGAUUUCUUGAUUUCUUGAUUUCGCGGAAUAUAAUUACCUAUAAUGUUGAUACUUAAAAACAACUUAAAAUAAGUCGAACUUACAAAUUUCCGGAUAUGCAAGUGGUCAUAUUAUUUUGCUCACUUUCUCUUCUUUUUUUCAAAAUAUGAAUCGCUUCUAAUACUCUUUCAGUCAAACACUUACAAAGCUUAAUUCAGUACAAUCUAAAAGCUUGGGCAAAUAAGGCAUCGUAAGUCACAUUAUAAUUUACGAAAAUAAUUAUCUGCGUGUAGGGUAUGCAACGCCCCCUCCGAUAACUUUUUAUUUUUAUUUGAUUUGAUGCUAUAUUGAUAUUCUUUCCUAUUUCCAAUUUAAUGUUAUCAAUGUAAGCUUUAAAUUUGUUAAAUAAAGGAUUUAAUCUGA